UACACGUACAUCCCAAAAGCACCACAACUCCACCAUGUCCGCCCCCAAGAACAACCAGGCGACCGGCUACGCCAUCACCUCGCCAUCCGACUACCUCAACUUCCAGAAGAAGACGUACGAGCUCGAGCCGCUCGAGGCCAACCGCGUGACCGUCGCCGUCGAGUGCUGCGGUGUGUGCGGGUCGGACCACCACACCAUCUCGGGCGGCUGGGGCCCUUGGGAGACGCAGUUCGUCGUCACGGGCCACGAGGUCGUCGGGCGUGUUGUCGAGGUCGGCUCGGCCGUCACCCAGUUCAAGGUCGGCCAGCGCGUCGGCGUCGGCGCGCAGGUCGGCUCGUGCGGUAACUGCAAGUGGUGCAAGAAUGACAACGAAAACUACUGCCCCACCCCCGUGCACGGCUACAACACCAAGUGGGCGGACGGGCACGACCACCAGGGCGGCUACUCGACGCACAUCCGCGCCGAGGAGCUGUUCGUGUUCCCUAUCCCCGACUCGAUCCCGUCGGUCGAGGCGGCGUCGAUGCUGUGCGGCGGCCUGACGUCAUUCUCGCCGCUCGUGCGCAACAAUGUCGGCCCGGGCUCCAAGGUCGGCGUCGUCGGCCUCGGCGGCCUGGGCCACUACGCCGUGCUGUUCGGCGCGGCGCUCGGCGCCGAGGUCACCGUCUUCUCGCGCUCCGACGCAAAGAAGGCCGACGCGCUCGCCAUGGGCGCCAAGCGCUUCGUCGCGACGGUUCCGGGCUUCGAGAAGGACCUCUUCCGCGAGUUCGACCUCAUCGUGUGUGCCGCGUCGUCGAACCAGCUGCCCAUCGACGCACUCCUCUCGACCCUCGACGUCGAGAAGAAGUUUGUCUUCGUCGGCAUGCCCGACGAGGGCCUGAGCAACAUCCGCUCGCAGACCCUCGCGGGUAACGGUGCCGCCCUCGCCUCGAGCCACAUUGGCUCCAAGUGCGAGGUCAUCCGCAUGCUCGACCUCGCUGUUGAGAAGAAGGUCAAGCCCUGGAUCAACGUCAUUCCUAUGAAGGACGCCGCCGAGGCCAUCAAGGCAGUUGAGAACGGCACUGUCCGCUACAGGACAAUCCUGACGCAGGACAUCGAGCCCGUUGCCUAAGCGUCGAGGAGAAAACGUUGUCAGCUGAGAUGAUGCAUCAUGUAUUCGUA